AUGGACUCGUUAAGGGAAAUUGGUACCAACGCGGUAGCUGGCUUCUGCAGUGUGUAUGUGGCAAACAUACCUCCCUCAGUAGACAGCGUGAAGUUGAAAAAUUUUUUCUCUACUGCUGGAAAGGUUCUUCAUGUCAAGCUUUUACUGGACAUCGCGACAGGCAUGUCGCGCGGGGUUGCCUUUAUUAUGUUUGAGAACAUCUAUGUUGCGACCAGAGUUUGUGAAAUAAUGAAUCGUGUCGUGUUGGACGGAAGCGUGCUUCAGGUCAGGCUUUCUGAACGAAGUACUGGUGAUUCUUGUGUGAAUUUUCAUGUGGAGACAAACAUUGUUUACAUACGUAAUGUGCCUGGAACUAUCGCCCUGGAAACAGUGCGAACGUAUUGUGAAGCUAAUUUUGGACCCGUCGUGAGCGUGUCUUUGCACCCACAAUCGUAUUUGCUUGGAGGACCGUCACCCUAUAAUAUGGUGUUUGUGCAGUUUGUGCAUGUCGCUGACGCGUGCCAAUGCGUGGAAGCGAUCGAUGGAAAAGCGCCUUUUCCAUUUCCUUAUUUGCCGCAUCCUUUUGCUGUGGCAAAGAUGAUUGAGGACGUGGAGGUUGAAAAGCGGAAGUCCAUCAUUCUUCGCUCGCGGAAUCCGAAGCCUAACUCUACGGUGGCGUACACACCAAUCCUUGCCCAGGGAAAGCUGACCCCUCCGGUGUACGUGGAUUCAACGGCGGUGAGUCCGGCGAUUUGUGAUGCACCAUCUCAGUUUGUCACCCCCGGACCUGUUCUUCCAUUCGUUGUGGCAUAUCAGCACAGAGAAAACCAUCUCUCGUUUUUCCCUGCCUCGUUCAGUCCUCCUGAGGCGGUUUUUGCACCCCGGGCGUUCGUUCCCCCAGCACAUGACCCACAGCGACUCUUCUUUGUU